AUGCCGCAGCGUUCGGUCUCUCGUACACUGCAGGUGUCCAUCGUCAUAGGGACGCCGCAGCUGCUGCAGCAACUGGCUAACUGCGCCCAUCGCAAUGGCACUGCUGUGCCGUCGCUGCGAAAGAUGGCCUCGGUGGGCUACUGCCUUCCGGCAAGAACACGUGACGCUGUGCAGCGCGCCUUCACGCUCACCUGGCUGCGGCCGUGCUACGGGUUGACCGAGGCCUGCGGCAUUGUUGCCGCCUUCGUCGACGGCCAUUUCUCCUCCAACGUUCUGGGCUAUCCAGGGCCCAUGGUGCAGAUGAAGGUCUUAGACUUGGAGUCAAACGAGCGGCUUCCACCUCGACGGCCCGGCGAGAUCGUCGUCAGGAUUCCAUCCAUGAUGAAGGGCUACCUCAACAUGCCAACAAAAACCGCGGAGACGAUUGAUAAGGAAGGCUGGCUUCGAACCGGAGAUCUCGGCUACUACGACGAGCGGGGCCAAUUUUACCUGGUGGAGCGGCUCAAGGAUCUGGUCAAGUGCGGCGGCACGCACGUCGCCACGGCGGAGCUGGAAGAAGCGCUCCGCGCCUCUUCCGGGGUGCUCGAAGCAGCCGUGGUGGGUCGGCCGCACGCAGCCUAUGGCGAGUCGCCCGUGGCCGCGGUGGUGGUGAGGGACGACGCCGACGUCACCGCCGACUACGCUCGGCAACUGCGGGAUAUGGUGGCCGCGAGGUUUCCGGCACACAUGCAUCUACACGGCGGCGUUGUUUUCCUCGGCCAGAUGCCCCGCGCUGCCAGUGGAAAGGUAGACAAGAGACUUCUCCGUGAAAUAUGCGCCGCCGCCUCUACGGGAAACAAGAUGGACUGGCCUGUGAUUUCAUCCUGCGCUACUGUGGCCGAAUGAAACUUCACUACUGCGUUUUCCGCGAACGGAACGCAGACUUGCGUGACAAUUUUCUUGGCAUGUAGUUGCCAGGACACUAUAGACCCACAAACCACGCAAUUAACAUGCUGAUAUGACACACUGGCGAACUACAAGUGUUAUAGCAAACAAGUAAUGCUUGGUUCUGCUAGCGCUUCAUUUUGAGGCAUCCAUGCUUCAUUACGCUUAUAGGUGACAGACACCGAAGCAAGAAAGGGUAUUUGGGGAGCGCGAAAUAAAUGUAUCAGGCUUGCUUACAAGUACGUUGGAUGGAGUGCUCCGCGGGAAAAGAGGGGGUGGGGAGGCAGGACUAAGCGUUGGCGGCGCUACGGCUCGCCUCCGGGACGAACAUUCGUGUCACGCGAUGAGAAAUGACACCAAGUGCUUCAAGCUAUCAUUCGGACAACGAAUAUAUAUCGGAUGCUGAUGCUUCAA